AUGGACUUGGGACGAGCAAAGCUCCUGAGAUGUGGGAUGAAUGCCCUUCAUCAGGCCUUUCACAACAUCCAUGGAUUAGCUUGGACAGAUGGAAAACAGGUCAUCCUUACAGCUUUGCACCUCCAAAAGGACGCUGUAGAAUUUGGCAGCUCGGUGGUCAUCGGACAGUUUGAACAUGUUCAUGGCCUAUUUUGGGGCCCUGCAACUGAUCCUCCAGCAUUGCUAGCAGUUCAACAUAAGAAACAUGUCACCAUAUGGCAACUCUACUACAACCCAUUGGAAAAGAACAAACUAGUUGUCUCCCAGACCUGUGAGUAUGGAGAUCCUCUCCCCGUUCUUCCACAAGGAUGCAUAUGGCAUCCAAAAAAAGAUAUCCUAGUGGUGUUAACUAAGAAGGAUGUUUCAGUUUUGUAUACAGUCUCUAACAACAAUAGUAGCGUUAAAGCGGACAUUACAUGUAGUAGUGUAGUUCGAUGUGCUUGCUGGACAAAGGAUGGUAGUCGUGUAGUGGUAGCUAUGGAGGACUCUCUUCAUUCUUACACAUGGAAUGAUGACCUAAAGACCUUAAGUCCUUGUUCCUUUUGCCCCAUAUUUAAUAUUGAGGCACCGAUUGUUGCAGUUCAACCCAUUAUGGAUUACCAAGUGGUUGUGACUUCUGAAAUUUCAACAAAACCCCCAUAUGGCCAUUACAAAGAUUCUGAAGGAUCUGCUAUGCAAUCUUCUCUGCUGAUGUUGGAUGAAGAAUUAUCCAGGAACAGAAGGGUCUCUAUAGAUUCAGGAAAAUCAGAGCCAGUUGACAUGUUAAAGGUCUCAUCACUGAUGCCAACAGAAAUGUCCAAGAUGCUGGCCAGGCAUCGUAAAUCUGACCCCAGUCCACUCAUGUACUUAAGGCAGAGGAGCAUUACUGGUGAAAAUAAGACAGAAUUGUCCAAUCUUUUGCUAAUAACUUUUGAGAAGAACUCAACAACUACAAGAAAAGUAUCAAUACCAGGUAUCUCCUCCCCAGACAUCAUAGCUCUUGAUUCUCAUAGUGAAAGAGUUGCAGUAGCAUCUAACACUUGCAACCUGGUAUUGAUUUACCCCAUUGCUCCAUCAUGUAUGCCCAACAUUCAACAAAUUCGUCUAGAAGAGAAUGAAAGAGCCAAAGGACUAUCUUUUCUUACGGAUACAUUACUACUAAUCUUGGUUGGGAGACCAAAAUCCAGUGAUUUAGGCUUUCUGCAUAUAUUGGCUUCUGAAAAGUAUACUGUGCAGUUAGUGACAAGAAGUAUAUUGCCCAUUGAAUAUAUACCAUCUAGAAUAAACUGUGACCAGAAUUCAAUAUCUGACCAAUCUGGUUUGAACACUGGUUGUCUUAAAGCAUAUGACCUCAAUGUUGGCAAAGAGCUUUGGAUGCCAAACCAUAUCGGAAAUAAAUCUCCACGUAUGCAACGGAAAAUUAGAGAUCUCGUUCAAGAGGCAAGUGGAGACGAAAGCCCAACAUCAAGUCUCGAUGACUAUAAUGAAAAUAAACUUCUAGCAGAAUGUCCUGUAACUCUGGAGAACCUUAAAGCUGAGCCAACCGUACGGAGGCCUGUAAAGGGUAUAAAUAAAAAGAAACUGCACAGAUCAUUUUCUCAGAGGUCUAACGAUGACCUUCAAGAAACAAACGACAAUUAUUUAUCAGUAGGCACCAAUGAUGAUAUUGAGGGGAAAACAAAUUUUCAAGGUCACCCUUCAGGAACAAAAGAUUCUUCGAAGAUGUUUUCAAAAAGUUUGCCAUACCCAACUUCUGACGAUCCACCUUAUAUAUCCAUAAGUCAGCAGAACUCAUCCAAUGACCAAGCAAGCGAGGCGAGAGCUGUUCUCCUGUGUCAUGGAAAGCUUCAUUUCAGGACAUUGCAGGAGACCUUCCACUUUAACACCAUUGAAAUGAAAUUUGGUUCAAAGUGGAUCAUCCUCACCGAAGAUGGAGAAGGAUUUGUUCCAAUUACAUUCAGAGGCAACGAAGAGGUUGUGAUUAGGGAGGUAACAGAAAACUCUGGAUCCUGUGGAGAGCCAAAUCAUGAACAAAAGGAGCCCUAG